GUUACAGCUUCCUGGGAGGGCUGUGGAGGUGUCCGUCACACUGUUGAGGGUAUUAUGGUGUAGAGCACAGGGACGUAGACCAUCAGUGAAAGUAGGCAGGGCGCAGGCAUACAAGGAGCAUCCAGGUUAUGUUACUGUAGCUGGAGCCUGUGGCGCAUUAGUACAGGCCUUCAUCAGCGCUUCUGUCACCUCAGCUGGAUCCAGACUUCAUUGUGAUGGAAGCAGACUAUUCUAAGCGUGUGUACCAGGGUGUCCGAGUUAAGCACACAGUUAAAGACCUGCUGGCUGAAAAACGUUCCAGGCAACCUAAUGGACCACGAUAUAGUGGAGCAGCAGUGUCUCCCACAUCCUUUGUCCAGAUGCCAGGUUCUCACAUCAUGCCUGGGUAUUAUGGGAUGCGUCGUCCCUACAUCUCUGAGUCAGACUUCUGUCCCUCCUCCAAGCAGUUCUCCUCAGACAUGUAUUCCUCCUCCCUGGGGGUCAAGCCCCUGGGUUGUGACCCCUCUGGCAUGUCUGGCUACCCCCCCCUCAUGGACAGCUACUACCCAGAGACCUUCGGAGACUACCGCAGCGCUGCAGCCUUCUCUGGUGGUGGCACCAUCUUCCCCUCUUCUGCCCUCUCCUCCCUGCUCCCACCAUUUUCUGGAGAUUUCUCCCACUUCUUGUUGAGGGACUCCUGGGAGCAGACCGCAGCAGAGCCGGUUCCUCAAGGGGAGGGUUUGUGUGCUGAGGGUUUGUCCUCCGUUAGUGUCCCCACCUCCCUGCCCAGCCCUGACCCCCAAGGGAGCCCUUCCCAAUACCGGUCCCCUCAUCGUGGCUCUUUGCUGGGCCCCCCCGCCCAGCCCUACUCCCUCCACGCACUGGAGGACUCCCACUACCACCACACCUCCUACCCAGCCCCGUCCGCCUACCCCUGUUCCCCCUACAUAACUGCACCCAGUGACAUGGCUUCCAAGAUGCCCUCAGAGGAUCAAGACAGUACCAUGGCCCCUCAUGGCGACACUUCCUCCUGGUGUAAAGAGGACAGCAGCAGCCCCUGGUCCCCUUAUGAGCUGCGGAGGUCCUACUGAGCCUAAGGAGACUCUGCACUUGGAGGAACAGCACUCACUAGGAAACACAGGAAGAGAACCUAGCUGGAGAACACAGUUGGAGAGCACAGCCCAGGAAGAUAGUUCUGAUGACACUAGACCCUUAUAGGGUUCAGGAGGAUUCCUGUGUGAAAGGUGCAGACAGCUGUGGGAAAGAUUCAUAUUCCUGUUUGAACCUGUGUGUGUGUGUGUGUGUGUGUGUGUGUGUGUGUGUGUGUGUGUGUGUGUGUGUGUGUGUGUGUGUGUGUGUGUGAGUGUGUGUGUGUGUGUGUGUGUGUGUGUGUGUGGGAGUGUGUGUAAGUUAUAUUAAAAACUUAGAAAAAUAGGAAAUGUAAUUACCCAUAGAUGAUAAUCAAUAACCAAACAGAAUGGGAUGAAAUUUGAGGAUUCCUUUAUUAUUUGAUUGGAGAAUUACUGUAUAUAAAUGUUUUAAUUCUGUCUUGGAGAGUCUAGUUGUGUUUUGAUAUGAUAUGUGCUGACUUUCAUGACUGAGGAAACAUUUCAGGAAUACAAGCUUGGGGAAUAAAGAUGUAUUAUUACACAAAGGUUAUAAUAGGUAACAACCGUACACUGCAUGACUAAAUGUGAAACAUUAAAAAUAUCCAACAGCAGCACCCUCCCCAUUCUCUUCUCUGCAGUCGUCUCUUUUGAGAAUGUGCACAUUAUAGACAAUGACAAUAGAUGGCGCCAUUGUACCAAUUCACUUGGCUUCUCCCCUUCCUAAAACGUUUCAACUGCCAACGGAAAAUAUACGGCUCUGGAAAACAAUAGGAGACCACUGCAGCUUUUAUCUUUCCUUUUUUUUAAAGUUGAGAACGACAAUUUUGAGUGAAGAACAGAAGGGUAAAAUCUGCUGUGGCCUCUUAAAUGUUACCCUUCUGUUCCUCACUCAAAAUUGUCCUUCUCAACUUUUUUUAAAAGGAAAGAAAAAUUAUGUGAUAUAUAAUAUUAUAUGAUAACAUUAUGGCAUUUUGGCGCAAGGGCGUAGGUGAUACAGCGAGUGGGAUGCGAGAACUGAGUUAGCACUCAGUUACUCAGCAGUGACUUGUCUUUAGCACGCUGUCCUGAAUUAGGCUAUUUGACUGGGCUCGCUUAUCAUUGGAUAGAAGGGAGCGAAAUAGCCUUAUAUAGCAAUUAAGCUACGUAACGAAACGAAACUGAUAUAAAAA